GCGUACGGUAGUCUCCCGCCCGGAAGGAAAAACGAAACAACCAGCGGGGGUUUGUUUAGCGUUUUUUUCCCAGACAGCCCUCACCUCUUCGCUUCUAUCACUAUAGCACACACACGAAAAAAAAAACACACUGGAGCUGUACAAAUCCCGUGAGUGAGUGAAAAAAAUGUAUCAGUUCGUUUGAGUGAAAGUGUGUAUGUGUGUGCUUGUAUGUGUGACGAAAGGAAGCAGUGGAGCAAAGGGGUGAUACGCGACACUUCGUGCUCGACGUGCUAACGACGAUAAUAUACGAUUUGCCAGCCUGCAAGCGUUGACAACACGAACACAGCAGUUUGCAGUUGGGAGUCUCCGUUUCAGCACGCGUCACAAACGGCACGUACUUUGUGCCGCAAAAAGUUUCGCCCGCAAAAGUUAAUCGUCGAGAUCGUUCCGUUCCGGUCGUAGCGAACCACCCGUCAAACCUAUCAUCACCUUUAGCCGGGCAGCUGCCGUCAAGGUUCCACCGAUGAGCCACCGACACCGAUCCAACCGAUAGCAAGUGCAUUCGCCAUCGAUCGGCCGGCGGGUGCUACGAAGCCAGCGCACGUUUGGAACGCUCCUCGAUGGCAGACGGUACUGGACGCGCCUUAUAGUAGUCGACCGGGUCGGUGUCAUUCCGCGCACCAUUCGCUAGCAAUGGAUUUCCAUAAAGCUCCCCCACCCCGACCGCCAAGCCUGGCGACCGCCCUCUCCAAGGCGAACGACGUGUACGAUUAUAUAUUCAUCGACAGUGGUAGUCCCGAUUCGUACCUGAGUGCCGACAUCGCCAGCAUCGGUAAUGAGACGUUCUUCAACGAGUCGGCAAAUGCGUUCGCCAACACCACCGACCUCGGGCUGGUUCCGGCCAACUUCAACGGUACCACCGACGAACCGCUGGCCGACGUGAUCGUGAUGGCGAUCACCUCGCUCGUUCUCGGACUGAUGAUUUUAGUCACCGUGAUAGGAAACGUUUUCGUAAUAGCCGCCAUCAUUUUAGAGCGUAAUUUACAAAAUGUAGCUAAUUAUCUGGUCGCAUCGUUGGCCGUCGCCGAUCUGUUCGUGGCGUGUCUGGUGAUGCCGCUCGGUGCCGUGUACGAGAUAAGUCGCGGUUGGAUCCUUGGUCCCGAGCUGUGUGAUAUAUGGACGUCGUGUGAUGUGCUCUGUUGCACUGCAUCCAUCCUUCAUCUAGUAGCCAUAGCAACCGAUAGGUACUGGGCUGUGACUAACAUCGACUACAUUCACUCCCGAACUAGCCGACGUGUCUUUACGAUGAUCUUUCUCGUUUGGUUCGCGUCCGUCAUCGUGUCUCUGGCGCCCCAGUUUGGCUGGAAGGAUCCAGAGUACCUACAACGAAUAGAGCAGCAAAAGUGCAUGGUUUCGCAAAACAUUGCGUACCAGGUCUUUGCUACGUGCUGUACGUUUUAUGUUCCUCUCUUUGUUAUCCUAGUGCUGUAUUGGAAAAUUUAUCAAACUGCCCGACGGCGGAUACACCGACGAGGGCCCAAAAUACCCGCUACGCCCAACAGUAGCAAUCAGGAGGAAACACCAAAGCCAAAGUCGAAGAUACGAUUUCACCUGAAGAAAAAGUUCACCAAUCCCACCAAAUCGGCCGUUUCGUCGCUCGGGCUGGUAGAGGGCAACUCGACCAACACGGUCAACACCGUAGAGGACACGGAGGACAGCACGAACGCGGCGGAUCGGAAAGGUCUCGAAACGACGUUCAGCGGCGAUGAGGGCAACAACACACCGGUAGGCAACAAUCAAAUACCGACAGUGUCGUACGAGGUCACGCACCAGCAGUUAGCGCAAGCGACCACCGGUUCGGAAUCGAACAAUAACAACCCUCGAACGAAUGACCUGCCCGCCGGCAAAACUCCCAGCCCGAGCGGAAACGGAGGCACCCUGCCCACCCUGUCCCCCGUGCAGCCGAACCAGCUGGCCACCUCACCGCUGCUACCACCCCACCACCAUCCGGCCCAAUCGCCCCGGGCAGCACAGGAUCCGGCGCACCAACUCCACCACCAUCAUCAUCACAAUCAACAAUCAGCGGCGAAACAACCGCCACCCACCGUGGGGCUGGUGGCGACACCGGUCGGUGGGGCCGGUGGCUCGACGCUCAACAUCUCCAGCACACCGAACCCGCACGCCCAAGUGUCCAAGCGGAAGGAAACGCUCGAGGCGAAGCGGGAACGCAAGGCGGCCAAAACGCUCGCCAUCAUCACGGGGGCGUUCGUGGUGUGUUGGUUGCCGUUCUUUCUGACCGCGCUGCUGCUGCCGCUGUGCGAAAGCUGCUCGAUCAACGAUACGGUCGCGUCGCUGUUCCUGUGGCUCGGGUACUUUAACUCCACGCUCAAUCCCGUCAUCUACACCAUCUUCAGUCCCGAGUUCCGGCAGGCCUUCAAGCGCAUACUGUUCGGUAGCCAUCGGUCCACCAACUACCGGCGUGGGAAACUGUAAAGGCUCGUGGCAAGAGGGAGAUUGGGAGAGCAGGAGACAGAGAGAGAGAGAGAGGAGAACGGUGGAAGUCGCCCUUCAACGUUCGUUCGGUCCCAGCGUGUCGAGCGAUUGUCAUCAUUCAUUUAAUCGUUUCGAUCAGUUUGGUAGGCACGAAUAAGCACAGCGGUGCUGUAAUUUUCGCCCACGACCAUAAUGAAACGGAAAUCGUUGGCAAACCCCAUCCAACCGAGCAGCGGACGCAGCAGAAGAAGAACCUCACAAAGCCAUCCGGAACUCGUUGGCGAGAGGGCGGGAUGGUUCAGUCGAGUCGGGGAAGCAUGCGAAAGAGAAGACAUAGUAAUGAUGAUGUAAAGAUGCCAUCGGGUUCGUGCUCGCAACCAGCGUCCUACAGCUUCAGCAACGAUCGACGAAAAUGCGACAAAUUGCGCUACAGGCAAAAAGGUGAGCCAAGCAGGCAACGAAUAGGGAUAUCUGUGUGUUUUUGUUCCCGUUUUUUUUCUUUUUUACCACGGUUCAUCUUUAUUUGUUGCCUUCCCGAGUGUGCGAAGGGUACUUCACGGUCUCGGAUACACGGAUUUAUGUAUCCACGGUGUACGCAUAACUCAAUUAAUGUCCACAUGUCCUUACUCGGGAAAUGGUGUUUCCCAUGUUCUCACACACGCACACACACACAUGGCACAGGCACUUUGUCCCAGCAACAACAACAAAAAAACCUGCUCACGAUCCGCGAAGAUGUACUUCCAGGCAAACACAAGCCCACAGAAAGAGGAGCAUCGGAGCAUCAGGGCUCCGUCGAACGCCUGAAGUGCAUUCCAACUCGAGGAGUUGGGAUGUUCUGUUUCGCUUUAGAAAAAAGGGAAGUGGUCGUCAGGAUACGCAGCGCUACGGGACAGCAGUAAUCCACGGUGCCACUACCACCGCAACAUCUCCACCCUUCGCCACCCCGACCGUAUUGAGCUCCACGGUGGUGAAUGGUGAAGGGAUACGAUAAACACAGACACACAGAGACACACAACGACACGGAGAGAGAAAAAUGAGAUAAAAAAAAUCGAGCGUAUCCUGUGAGUAAUAUCGUCGCACUCGCUAUUAUCCUUACACGCUUCCUUACGACCACCACGAUCUUCCAGCGCUCUAGCAGGCAUUCGUCCGCAUACCGUUGUGAGCUUUUUCCACCUUACCGGAUGCUCUGUAUCGGUUUUUUUAUUCUCUUUUUUGUAGUCUCAUUCCUUUUUUGGUGUUCUUUUCUAUACACUCCAUUAUUGGCAUUAUUGUCACACUUGGGUGUUUCUGCGCUUACCUUGGAGGGGGGCUUCCGCUAGUGACCUUCGUUUGCUCAAGGAUCCUUUUUUUAUUUUCGGUGACUUUAUCGGCAUGCGGGGAAAAUUCAAUUUUAAAGCAGUAUCCUAAGUGAGUUUGUGGGAUCGGUUUGCAAUACCGUUGAUCGGUGUUUCUGAUCCAGGAUCCUACAUCCGUAUCUUGUAUAUGUAAGCAUUUUCUUUUUGUAUGUAUGUAUGUGGGUAUGUGAAAAUGGGAUCAGCUUUGGAAAUCGUUUUUAAUAACUUUUUUGAUUGAUUUAUAUAUUUUCCCUUUUUUUUGCACACUCAGCUACACAUUUCAAGCAUCCCUUUCGAAAUCUCGGAAAGCUCUCAACAGUAAAAAGCUUUUCAAAAAUAGCUCAUCUACAUUUAGCAAAAGCUUAACGAUGGCUUCUUUUCACCUCUGGAACGAUACCAUGUAACGAUUAUUUUCCUGUAAACCUUGUACAUCGUCAUCGUGAACCCUCAAUCAUGUUCCAUGCUUAGAGCGACUUUACAUUUGUAAUAGCAUGUAAAACCUGCUUCACUAGAUGGACAAGAGGUUUUUUUUUCUGUUUGGUUAAUGCUGCUGCCGCUGCUGCUGCUAGAUAUUUUCAUAUCCGCCCAUCACGCAUUAUGAAACCGAGCGAAUCCUCCCCCAAAUACACGCGCCCGGCCACCUUUUUAUCAUGAUCGAACGCGCCCAAAGGCAAAUGUCUUGAACCUACGCAGGCGAGCACACUUACGGUACGCUAAAACCUCCCAGCCUUGUGGAGUGCGUUUUUCCGUUCCAGCGUUUUCUUGCCGCCGUUCCAGCGUUUCUUCUUCGUUCCGUUCCGUACAGAACCACCACCAACACCCAAAAAAUAAGGUUUAAAUUUGUACCUCUUUUGCAAAAGCGUAUUGCCCUUCGAGCCGUCUUGAUGGAUUCAGUGUUCGUUACGUGCGCAUUCACCAGCAGCUUAUCUUUGUCCGCAGUCCACACAUCCUUCCGUGGUGGAGGAUGAGAGAUAUAUUUUUUUUAUCUCUGCCACACACACACACGUGCUAAGACGCAUGUCAUUUUGGCACUAUUUUUCUCCUGCCUCUUAUUGCGUACCUUUAAUGCUGUACUUCUUGAUAAAAAAGGGACGAAGUAAAGAAGAAAUAUAUGUAGAAAACCUUGGAAAAACGAGGUGCUCCCGAUGAGGGCUCCUCGCGUAGCAUCGUACGCCACCUUCGGUUUAAUAGAAUUGCUCCCCGUAAUUCACGGCAAGGCCAUAAUCCUGACCGACCUCGACGAAGAUGAGCGUACCGGGCGAGUGAGUGUGAGGUUUACAAAUCUAUCUUCACUCACGAACACUGAGCUGAUUCGCUAUUCAACUUCAUGAUGGCCACCGUUAGGCAAGCGGCAGACACAAACCGAGGAACGAGGAAGCGAAAAAGGAUCAACUUUGGAUAAAGCACACACAUGCGCGCGGACACACACACACAGAUAGAGAGAACAAGAGCGCCUGCUUUCAAUCAUCAUUUAAAGCAUAAGCUUCACGCUCGUAUGAUUAUAUAUGUACGGACAUAAUUCGCCACCCAGGACGGGGUUCCGUACGCCCCCUUUUUUCUACCCCAACAACGAGGAAAAAACACAUCGAAAGCCAAAAGCUGUAGGAGUUGGGGUUGAUUCUUAAAUUUGAUUCCUUUAGCGACCGGCUCGCUAAAGCUCGUGUUGGGAUUUUUGCACCCCACAAUGCGGAACACCGAGAUAAAACCGAAUUUAAAAGCCACACAACAAAACCUCCCAACCCCUCCUCUUCUCCCAUAACCCCGAUUCCCACCACCCUAAAACCGGCCAGACGCCACGAUGCAAUUUAUUUUUAUAUUACAUUGCCUUUUAUAUUAUUCUUCAUUUUUCAUUGCGCGUUUGAUGCCUUUGCUUGGGUUUGUUGUUUUCUUUUUCUACUUCCUGCUUGAUUCGCUUUGUACACUCCGAUUACGACGGGGGAAUUGGGAUGACUAUGAACAUAAUUUUUGUAACCACCGAGCAAUGUAUAGGCCAGCGAUUUGCGGCUUCCGGCGUGCGUACCUUCGUACCUCCGGCCGGCUACAAGCCCAUUUCCACGACGUCCAUUAUGCUAUCCGGCGAAUAAAUGAUCGUUUUAUAAGCUACUAAGCUUUUAUUAGCGUGUGCAAGGUUUUCCUUCAAGGCGUAAGUAAAACACCCAAUGGAGCAAGUGUAAGAAAAGUGCCAUUUUUAAGGGAAGUUGGUUAGAGAAGCUUAAAACAUCUGAAUUUCCAAUCUGAUUUAGCGCUCUUGUUUAUUUUCCUAUUGUUAAGGGGAACCAUUCACCCAUUAUCUUAAACCACAUAAAUUGGCAUGUUAUCUACAGCCUUUUUCCGUUGCGCUUUCAAAUAAUUCUGGAUAAAUUCGAUUAUUUUUUGGUAGAAAGAACUGUGUUAACAUCAUUCAAAUAGUUUAAAUCUCUAUUUCAAAAAAUAAACAUAAAUACAAAGUGUUUAAAAGAAAAUGAGUGGAAAUGAAAAUUUGAAGAUCUCAGCUAAUGUGAAGAAGGAGCGAUCGUUUAAAAUUUUUGAUGUGCCAAUAUUACAACAUAAAGCUGUUAUCGUGUUGAAGCUUAAUGAUGUUUCUAUCUUUUAAAUAUUGCCCUCUCUGAGGCCUGUAGUUGCCGCUCCUCAAAUUAUUUUUAAAGGUAGUGGAGCACUACGUUGCACUUUCAUAUCAGUGGAAAAGUUUAGAAAGACCUAGGAAUCUGGAUUUCCUAGUCGUACCGAGGGAUUAAAUCACAACGAAGAUGCACCAUUGGUCUCGGCUCUCGAGUUUUAAACAUAUUCUGCGGAAUUGUUGCUACUCUGUUGCUCUUGCUCUUCGAUACAAACUUUCUUUGUUUAGUAUAAUAAUUUAAUUGUGUGCUGAUUUCACUUCUGUCCUUGAUUUUCCAUUUUCUCUAUAACCUCUGAAGGCCUGUCGUAUCUUGCUUCCUUAACUUAGUUUAUCCCGUUGCUGGAUAGAUAGUCCUGUGUCUCACUGGACUCCUGAUUGCAUUACUGUUGUCAGAGUCGCCUGCAUCCGUUUUCAGCUUUGAUAUUCAAUUUUUGAAAUUUAAGAUGCCUGGAAAUCUCUACAAACAAUACCUUCGUUCGUUCGUUUCGGUGCAAUGGUUCAUCUGAAGUUCAUCUGAAGGGUAAAGCAGACAUUAUUUUUAUGUCAAGGGCACAAAUAUCUACCUAUAAUGCAAAAUUGACCAAUAGGACAUUGCUACUCAUCAGCAAUCGCAUGCAAAUUACUCUAAAUGCGCAUAUUACACUCUCUCUUCGUAUAUUUUUACCUCAACGGUCUGUCUACUCAUGAACAUAGCCUGAAUAUAAUACAAACCAAAUGAAUAGUCAGUAUAACGGUAUGUUUUUAAUAUCCAAGAGGAUUAGUCCGAAUUGACAUCAGCUGCUAUAGUAAACCACUAACUUAACCAUUUAUGAGCGCUUUUUCUCCAACAAAAUUCCAAUUAAAACCCUUCUCUCUUGAUGUACAUUAUUUCCAGCGCAACGGUAUUAGCCGUUCCUGUGAAAUGGAAUUUCAAUCGCUGCACUCAACCCUAACGGGGAGCUUUGGCGGGCACACAAAGUACAAAGCAUUUAAUUUUGCUCAUUAGCGCUCGAAAUGAUGUAAAAGCCAAUUACAAUCGCAUCAUUCAUCCAGCCUGGCUGGCAAGCUUUCAAUAAAUCCUUCCCUUACCACCUGUGCCACCGUCACCACCGCCAACCGAUCGGUUCCCCGACCAUGUUUGCUGCCACACCAAAGCAGGCAAGAUUUUUUUUAUGUUCAUCUUGGUUGUAGCUGAUGUCCCCAGGUCCUACUUCCUCAAUCGCAACGACCAGCUGCCAUUAGGUGGUGGGCCCCGUUCCAGUAAUCGAUUAAAAGUGACAUCCUUCCCGUACAGCACCGAUGCCACCCCAUUGCAUCGCGAACCCCUCAACCCAUUGCGUAUGUCCCGAGGGCGGGUCGGUUUUGGGAAUUCCUGAUUGAAUUUUAACCGAACCCGGCCUGCGCUCCCAUUAGCAUUACUAAUUUUUGGGCGCAUUCGAAUGACGUAGGUUGGCGGACUGAAAGGCCACACAGGAAGCGCCUUAAAUUAGCAGUCCACAGACAGACUAGACUGGUCCCCUGGGUGGGGGAAUCUUUUACGUUCGGCCCUCCGAUGGGAGCUAAUCAACUAAAAUUAGCAUCUUUCUGUCUCCCUUUCACUGACCGCCGUCUUGGGAUCGCUAAGCAGGAGACCUACCGAGAACAACAACAGCAAUGGCUCUGAUGAGGCUGAUGGGGAUGAUGUGGCACUAUAGGGUAUCUUGCUUUUCUAUUCACUGAUUAGAUUAGCUUCCAGGAGUUGGGUGAUGUUGUCUACUGUCGCCAGUAGUGCUGCAGAAAAGCAACACGCACACGCAGAAAAAAGGCACCGCUCCCGUUGUUUAGGCACUCUUCCUGCUAGCGAGCGAUUUCUUUUAUUUUCUUAAAGGUUUGGGUUUUCCAGCGCACGCCGUUGAAGAGAGCUUUCCUCGCUUCCACUGGCAAGUGGAUUUGGAGAGUACCAUUUCAAAAGCAAUCAAUCAACCAUUUGUGUUUUUCUUUUGCUCGGUGUUCCCAUGUUUAUGUUUUGCCCUGGUGAAUGGUAUCCUUUACAGAGGUUUUUUCCCCUUUGCUUUUGAAUCUGCCCACAACCGCCACCGUUCGAUGGCGCGCGGUCGCCGUUUAUGCGGAUCGGUAUUUCAAUGAUGGUUCCGCCUUGUGACUCUACCCCGUUUUUCCAGAAAGGAUAACAAAACAAGAAAAAAAUGUCGGGUGGAUGUGACACAAAAAAGAUCUAAAAGUAUGGCUUCAGCACGAAGGACAGGAAACCCUUCAAAGCACAGUUAAAACAGUUUGGGAUAAAGUGUUGAGAAUAGAAAUUUAAACUUUUCAAAUUUAAAUGUGAAUUGUCAUUUUAAAAUUGGAAAUCGAUGUUUUGUAUUCAUCUUUGAAUUGAACUUUCCAAUUAGUAAUAUUUACCGAAACACAAAAAUCGUUUACUACUACCUACUAAUGCAGACGCCUGGUACUUUGUACAGUCGCCGUCGUUAUUGAGACAGAAGCGGGAUAUCAUGAUUUUUUCUAUAGUGUUGCUUUUCCAGAAAGAGUAAUACAUGAGAAAAAGACUCUCUACAUCGUCUUAUUUAUUGAGGAUCAAGUCAAGGUUUGGUUCGUCUACUGUUCACUCAUGGAGGCGCCUGGUACCUAGUCUAUUCUUCCUAAAAAAAAUGAAACAUGUGGUAAGAGUAGAAGGCAUGUCGACUUUUGCACUUAACAGCAAGUACAAAUUUCGAUUUCUGACUUGUAUUCUUCUGAAGGCUAAUAGUACGUUUCAAGGAAUGCUUUUCAGAGUGAUUCGGAAGCAACUGCAAGUGACUAAACGCUAACUGACACGCAUUUCCUCAUUAAAAGUUUCCUCAUGUCUCAUUUUUAAUUUAAUUUUUCCCUGUCACUCACGUUCCCUUACAUAUCAUAGCUUUCCUUUCUCUUACGUUUUCCACCUCAAAUAAAACACUGCCCAUAUCCUAUCGUGUGCUGAAUGGGAUCUUAAGAGUUUUCCCCUCGAUUGUGCCCUUUUUUUUCGCUCUCCACAAACACAAUACCACGACAAAACGACUCUUCCUUUAACGACCGACGAGACCAGACGAGAGCAAUCGGGACGGAUGACAUUGACGUUCCCUUUUUUUGCUUCGUUACCUCCCUUUCCCACCAUCUGUUCUUCCUUCGUCCCGGCAGCAAUCGAUUGUUGACGAGCUUGGCAGGCUCGGAAGGGAUGGUCCGAUAUCGAUAAGCGAAUCUACGUGCGUAUCAAAGUUGAUGAGAGAUUGAUGGGCGUCUCGAAACGGUGCGAUCGUGAUACGGUUUUGUUGCUUCUACGAUGUUGUUGUUUUCGAUCAUUCUUUUUCUUCCCCGUCCAUUUUCUUCCACAACCGAUUUCGAUUCCCGAUAUCAUAAUACACUUUUUUGCCAAAAAAAGGGCUUCUCAAAUGCACCGCCCCACUUGGCGGGAGAUCUUCACCAACACCACCAUCACUACGAAAUAAUAAAACGGAACCCGCGCAACAAACAAUGUGCGAGCGGCACGUGUUCCAAUCGCUGGAAGCAAAGGCCUGCAAAGAAAAAGGACGUCUCGUUCUCCUUCCUGCUGCUCUCGCUACGGUAAUGGCAAGCGAAAGGGUUUAUUAUUUUUUCCCAUUUUCUUCGCUUGAUUUUUUACUUCUUCUUGCAUUUCUCCACAAAUGGGAAACAUCACAAUGCCACACGGUUGACGAUUUGGGCGAUUGAUUCGAACGAAGGCUUGCAGUGUGCGCAGUUUUGGUGGAAUAGGAACCGCUGCUCAAGAAUGUGUUGACUCUUCCACUCUGGGACGGGGUUUUUGCCCCGUUUCGUAGAAGGUUGCCCCGGCAAGUGGGUGCCAAACCGCGAAAGGAUCGAUUUUUAUGCUCCACGCUUCGUUCACUUUUGGGUGGAGUUUUCCCGCCUCCUGCUCGGUAAAGUGAUUUGCAAAUGUGCUUUCCCUGCUAACCCCUUUCUACGGGGAAAAACCUAUCCCAUCUACACUCCUCAAGUUAAAAGACCCGACCGCUACCGACGAUGAUUACGUUGUUAUGGGCCUAAUUUUUGACCGAAAGUUUUGACGGACUUUCGACGGUUUUUGAAGCGUUUGUUCGCUUUUUUUCGCUGCCUCCACCUACCCACAAAAUGGAGGCGGUGAGCCAUUUCUACGAUGACUAUAAUAAUGAGCAAAAGAAACCAACCGCAGAAAGAAACGUAAAAAAUACUCCACCCGCAAAAAAAAACUUUCUUCGUUUGAUGUAAUGCUUCAAUUCCGCUGGCAAGUUAAAGGCACGAAGCCCGAGCAAGCAGCGGUUGAAACAAUUUGAUUACAAUCCUUUUAGCGUUGGGCUUUUUUUGUGUGUGCUGUUGUUCUGUUUGUGUCUUACUCUCUGUUGCUUAUUUUCUCCAUUUUGCUGCUGCUAAUGGAAAACAAGGCACAUCUCUAUGCGUUUAAUUAGCGCACACUGUUGACACAUCUAAUGGUGCCCUUUCGUGUGGCCAAAGUGGAAACAGUUAGCGAAAGCCGCCAGCUAACUGAGUUGUAGCAAGCAGAGUUUUCGCAUACGCACACCGAGUAUCGUUCCAUUGGAAGGAAACCGUACUACUGGGCGAUAGAGAACUCCCGUGACAGUGAGCCGUAAUUUGAGGCUUCUUCUCGAAUUCGUUUUUUUCUUCUUUGGAUUCGUUUGUUGUUAGUAAAACACUUUAUCUCUUGUCGAGCUUUUGAUUCUAUUUUAAGAGACUUGCUGUUUUUUUCCUUUUUUGCAAAGAGUAAUUAAAUUUUCCUAUCAUUGUAAAUUAAGCGAUGCGGUUGUCUUCUCAAACAAAACAAGCUCCAAUAAUAAAAAAGGGUGGAAAAGCGCGUGGAAAGCUGUUCUCUGUUAAUGCUUCUAUGUUUUAAUUAUUAAAUUUUCAGGCAAUUCUCCAACCCUUUUGGUUUUUUGCUCUCUGUUUUUCUCUCACAGCCAUUUGGCACAGAGUGGAGAUACAAAAUUAAAUUAGCUUUGUGGCCCACAGUGAUUGUGUACGAGUGGGACACAGCGAAUGAAUUUUUCGUUUUUAUUGCUGUUGCUUACAGAAACUUUUCAUCCCUUCGACCCUGUGUAUGGUGCCCUGCUUCUCUCCCUUACAAUGUGCCAUUUUGUCUCAGAGGGAAAUCUGGAAGAUAUGAUAGUUCAUGUUAGUAGAUUGCCUUAUUAAGGAUAUCCCACAACCUUUGGCCAACCCUCAAGUAUUUUGACACCCGCUUUUCUUUUUGGAACUUUGGCAAAGGGUUUGAGUAUGUGAACCGUGUGUGCGACUAAUCCCUGAACGAGUUGUGUGUCUUAUCCCUUACGAGUUCAAUUUUUGAGUUGGACGAAAGUUUUCCCAUUUUGCAUAAUCCUACUGUUCCUGGAGGAAUUGGACGGGUAGGAAAACCUUUUGCUGUAGACAAUCUUUGGGUCUGAUAAAAGAUUUUAAUACUGUUCUCGAUACGCAAUGGAAAGUUUUAUCAAUAAAAUUUACAUUUUAAAAUAUGUAUGAGACAAAAAUCAUUGGACACUCAAUAUAGUUUCGUGAAGAAAUCGUAAUAUAUUCAAAAUUUGAAUUUCCUUGAUUGGCCCAGCCUUAUUUCCAUUCAAAGUUUCUACUUCAUUGGAAUGCAUUAAAGAUUGUCCAUCUGUUAAACUUUUCUUCAUUUUUAAUGAAUUUCUCGCGAAAGUAAAACUCCCAUUUUCACCCUUCAUUAAAAGCGCCAAUGUUAACGAUUCCUGCUCCGGUUUUUUUUUGCUUUUCUCUCCACCCGCUUAAAUACCAUUUAUUACAAGUGCCAUUUCCAAUUCCACCGAAUUGGUUUUGUCAAUUUGGAGGAUGAUGUUGUCAAUGGAAUGUUACCCCCAUCCCUGGGGCGUAACAUCAGUGGGGAAGGGACGGGGGGAAAGGGAAUGGAAGGGACGGAAAUUUUCACCUAAUAAGGUUCACCAUUCCGUUCCCGAGUAAUGGUGACAGCAUUGCUGCGACAGGCAACCGGAAAUUAUCCAUUCCAGCCGGUAGGUGCUUCGGGGAUGGAACAGCAGGGUGAGAAUGUUGGUAUUUCUGUCCUUGAAAUGCCUGGACAAGACACUCAUUACGCUCGGUCGGUAACUAGCGCUUUCCUUCCUGGAUUAGGUCCCACUGAAAAUGAGUAGCAUAUCCUCUUACACGGAAGAUUAUUUGACACUUUUUAAGAGACAGUAAAACUUUCCUAUUAAAUUAUGACAUUAUAAUCUUCAACUUACACACAGCUUUAUUGGCAGCUCAACGAUUCUACUGGCACUACUAGACCGAAAUAUAUCUUUACAAUCCCUCGCCGUUUGCAGCAACGCUAAAGACAAAUGGAUAAGAACUCGGGCCAUCAUUACUGAAUGCUCAUAAAAACUGAAACCCCUGCCGAAAACCACAGUUCGCAGACCUUGUGAAAUUUUUGUUCCAUCUUAUAUCCCUUCAAAUCUCCACGUCCUUUCAUUGUCUUGCUGGGUUCUCUCUCUCUUUUCCACCAACACAUUCAACACCCAUUUCCCGUCCACUCUGCUAAUUGCGCACGUAUCACGAAAAUAGGCGAAAAUAGGUUUUGUGCCUUUACGCACUCACACACCGAUGUGCUGUUUAGGGCUUACGCUCAGAAAGUGAACGAAAGCACAAAAGCUUAACACUCGCUCUCACUCUCUCUCUCGCCCUUUUUCCUUUCUUCACCCUCUCACCCUCUUUCGCUCAUGCCGGAAGCGCCGAAAGGACGGCUGGAAACAAUGGGCACCAAAGCACAACCCAAAUAGUAUGACUAAUCGUUAAAAAUAAUGAUUAUUAGAAGGCGGGCUGGUGUAAUAAACCGACGGGAGCGGGGGGAGGGGGCGUUGGGUAUGGUGACAGUGGCGCAAAAUUUGGUCGAAGAAGGGAAAACUAGGGUGAGAGUACGGAAGAGGAGAUAUCCGGUACGUUUCUUGUGUCCUUUCUUUAACUGCGCUAAGAAAGGCCAGCAACAAAACGCACACAACGGUGUAGUAAUUGUGGCGUAGUAAGCAAAAGCUAGGCUCUCCAUUAAUCCACAUGGUGCGUGUGCUUGAUGGUAGGCUUCGCAGGGUUAUCUGGUCGAGGAUGCUGCGGGAUAAGUUGACGAGAGUUUUCAAGUGCAAAAGAAAAUUGUAUGGGAAUCCUCGCACCAAAAUCGGGCUGGCGACAAGAUCGAAGGAUCGUUACGUGGAUCCGUGUGUCUGUGUUAAACUGGAGAUUUGUGUCCUGCUGCUGAUGCUCUUCUUUCGGCGUCAAGAACUAGACUUCAUCCCAGAAAGGUGGAUUCGAUUUCACCCAUUAAUUAGUGUUAAACGUGCUGUAUUGGGUAAAGUGUUGGAUGGCAAACUAGCUUAGUUAGCUUAGUGAUCGGUUGCUACACUAUACUGUUAGUUGAAUACGUGUUUGUGAGAGUUAAUCACAUCAUUAGCAAACUGGUGAUCGAUUUUCUGUUCCCGGGACAAGUGCAAGUACCUUUUUCUGUAAGUGUGUGUGCGAGAAAUUCUUGUCUCAAAAUGAAGAAACCAGAAUUAACUACGCGAUGUUAUCGUGAUUAAUCGAGUGAAUGUUGCUAGAUUGUACAAAGUAUAAUAUUUAACUCUAAGCGAACAAGAUCCAAGCCUUCGUGGACUUAUCAGUAAGGCCACGUGUUCUUCAGCGCUUAGACGAGAAACCCAAACUCCCCUCCGCCAUUUAAAUUUGUUAUGAGCCACUUGUACAUUAUAACUGCAUCAGUCAACAAAAGAAAAACAACUCGUAUAUACUACUGUGUAAAUUGAUCGUGCAUAAGAUAAGCUACAAACAAAGGGAGAAGAAAACAAAUCGAAACAGCGAAAACAAACCCGUAACCACUCAGCAAAUGCCACCGAGAGUUUAGUAAGUAGGAUUUAGGUAGACAGAAACAGAAGGGAGCGCCGAUGAAGCUAAACGCUAUAGGAGUAUGUUAAACAAACCAAACACGUUUAGCAGUUAGAAUUCUUUUAAUGGUUGUUACAGCUCCAGGUGCAGCUGAAACCGCAAGGAAAACUGGAAACAGAAAACCCAAACUUCCAAAGCUGCACCUGGAUUCGAAUGUGUCUAUAGAGAAAAACUAAACCCAUAUUACUAUAAUGAUUAUAUACAAAACAAACUAGAUCUGAGAGAAGAAACUUUAAUCAUACGUACGUGUAAAGAUGUGAAGAAAGUCGACGGCGGGGAAGCAACGUCAAUAUUUAUGUACAUUAUCAAAAAACCAAAAACUAUAAAACAAACACAAACGAACGAUGCGGGAUGUAUUAGAGUAAAGAUGCGUCCAUCACCGUGACACAGCUCGCCAGAGUGGGGAAAACCCCAGUUUCCGCGAGCUGUGAAUCAGGGUGGUGGGGUUUGCGCAUUAAGUGUUAAACAAACUCGUGUAAAGGGUAGUGAAAAAAAACAUGCCAAAUAAUGAUGUUAUAGUAAGAGAAAGAAAAAACGAUUAUCGCUUAAUGAACCUGCACCGUGCAGGUGGUAGAAUAUACAUCUAUAUAUUUGAAUAAAUCAUUACAUUGUGCAUAGGUUAAUGGACGAUAUAGAACAAAACGCGAGUGUGGAUGGUGAAGGGAUGUAGCCCUUAAACUUUAGCCCAAUUUUGUGGAAAACUCUGUAAAUAAUCGUACGUGAGCGUGUGUGUGUGCGUGAGGUGGAGCGUUUCACGUAUGAUGCGAUUAGUGUGUAAAUAGUAUCGUCAGAAGCAGCCAAACGCUGGAUGGAUCGAUGUUAAUCCCUUCCGCUAGGUUAGGAUGGUUUAGAAUGGUUAAGUUACACAGGAGAGUUUGAACAGAACUCAUGUGUGUAUGUGUGUAUGAUGUAUCAUAUUUUAAAAUAAUGCAUUAAAAAUGUGUUUGCAUGCCGACCGAAUUGAACCGUGUGCUGGAGGCAUCAAGUGUUACAGAAGACCAACGUGAAGAUUGUAGCUCAAAUCGAUACCCGGUUCGUACGUUAGCUGUCGAACGAUAGGAAAAUGUGGGCUAAAGCACCAUUGCCAAACUCAUUAUAGCUUACAUUAAUCUAAUGCACAUUGACAUGCGCACACAAACACACACACACAUAUUGUUGUCAUUAUGGGAUGGGAUGGAAGUAACCAAAACGGAAACAAAAGAUCAAAACAAGCUAGCCAAAUAGUGAAAUAACUAAACCGAAACGAACGAAAACGACUAAAGCCAGGGGAAGCAAAAUGUAAAACUAAUCAAAAUGUACUUUAAAGAAGCGAAAGUAACAUACAGCCACACAAAUAGCAAACAAAAAAUACGGUAAGAUACAGCGUAAGAAGAAGAGGAAAUACACACAGGAACAAACACGUGUAGCACAGCAAACAAAACAAAAAACUAAGGAUUGUGAAUUUGUUAAAGGUUAUUGAUUAUAUUGUUAAGAUACAUUAUGUGUUUAAACUGAA